AUGCGUCUCCUCAUCCUCUUUCUCACGCUGCUUUCGGUUGCAGCUGGCUUCACUUUGCAAAAGACCGAUGGCACCGUGAUCGAGGUCGGCGAUGAGCCUAUGGUCAUCGACGGCAGCGAAGUGAUCAUGCCUCAGGAAAUGUUCGCGAGCGCGUCCCGCGUCAAGCUCGACGGUAUCUCCGAGGCUACCGACGUCAGCACUGCAGAUAUUAAUCCUUUUCCGGCUGCUGUACACCUCUACGAAGGACCCCACAAGCAAGGCAGGCGAGCUAAAGCCUACCUAUGCGCUACAGGAAUGAAUGGUUGCCUCGCAGACGGCGCCUCUAAGCCAUGGGCUUCUUCGCUCACUCUACAAACAUGCCCCCACGGCUCACCAGUUGGGAACAAGACAUUCGCAUGUUUCUUCUUCUCCACACCGACCUGCGACUAUACUUCUAGGUUUCUUUUGACGCGCACGUCUAUCGACGAUCUCACAAAGUCGACGCCGAGAUUCGAUGAGACGAUUAGGUCCAUGCAGUGCUUCUUGGAUAAGGAUGCUCACGUCGCUGGAGUUGAUGCUCGUUCUGAGCGCCACUCCGACAUCAGCACCGCAGACAUCGGCACCGCAGACACUCGCGCCGCAGACGUGUACUUGCUUGCUCUAUUUGAACAACCCGAUUACCAAGGUAGCAGAAGUGUCGCCUACUCCUGCCACCAGGGCGAUAGUGGCUGUAGGGUAAUCAGGGAGGACAACCCUUGGGCUUCCUCGGUCAUUUUAACUCCGUGUCCCGACGGCUAUAACAAUAGGGACAGGCCUUUUACCUGCAAAUUAUACGAGAAUUCCAAAUGCCAAGGUAACCCGUCGUACUCGGCCCGCGAAUCCAUUGCAAAUCUUGCUACUAUCGAAUUGGAUAACAAGAUCAAGUCUGUCGACUGCUACUUCGACACGCUGCACGGCGAGUAG